AUGCUGCGAAAGGCGGCUCUCUUCACCACGGCAUUCAUACUCACAUUUGUCGGAUAUCAAAGCUUACGUUCGGAAUCUCUAGAAGAGUCGCAAGAUUUCCACUUCGUGCUUGAAGAUGUAGAUCCUUCGGCCCGUGCAACGUUAGCACGAGAGCUGCCCUUGAGAGCGUCCGGAAGACACAUAGUGGAUGCGAAGGGCGCACGGGUGAAACUCGCAUCAAUCAAUUGGUAUGGAGCGAGCGACGUUGACUUUGUGGCGGGUGGACUUGACGUUCGCCAUCGGGACGAUAUAGCCAUCACGAUCAGAGAGAUGGGCUUCAACUCCGUACGAUUUCCCUAUUCGGAUCAAAUGGUUUUGGAAAAUCCAAUCAUUGAUCCGGAGUUCAUCUCGGCAAAUCUUGACCUGCUCGAUGGCUACGAUAUUCCACACGACUCCGACCGCAAGAACAACAUCGAAGGCCCAAGAGCCUUGGACGUCUUCACCGCCUGUGUCAAAGCCAUGACGGAUGCCGGUCUCAUGGUCAUCGUCAACGAUCACAUCACGAACGCGGCAUGGUGCGACGGUUUCAAUCUCUGCGAUAGCUCGUGGAAGAAUGACCACCUACUUGGAUUCUGUAAGAUAAGACAGACGACGGAAAGCUGGAUCGAGAAUUGGAAGACCAUCAUGAAGCCUUUCGUCGACAAUCCCCUUGUUGUCGGUGCAGACCUGCGAAACGAGCCACGAGGUAUCUGGGGUACAUUCCCAUGGGAGAACUGGGCAGCAGCAGCAGAGAAGGCUAGCGAAGCAUUGUUGAAGAUGCAGCCGGACUGGCUGAUGUUCGUGGAGGGCACAUCUUCUGCCAACGACUGCUCCGGUGUGAAACGCCGACCCGUCAGGCUAUCAAUACCCGGCCGUGUCGUCUACUCGAGCCACGUCUACUCGUGGUCCGGCUGGGGCACGCUGCCGUCCGUACCUUACAAGGAACGGCCGUACCCGUCGUUCAGGGCAGAUAUGGUACGAAAAUGGGGCUUUCUGCUCGACAGAGACGAAGCUCCUGUCUGGGUCGGCGAGUUUGGGAAUCCAGGUCAUGCUGGUAAAGGUGAUCAUCACUAUUGGAAUGGUUUGAUGCGGUAUCUGAGCGAAACGGAUGCCGACUGGGGAUAUUGGGCGCUGAAUCCCAGGAAACCGGGUACAUUUGAUGAAGAGACAUACGGUCUGCUGCAGGAUGACUGGACGACACCGAAAGACGACUAUCGAAUGCGAGACCUGCAACGACUGAUGAUGCCUCGAAGUUGA